CUCGAAUCCGUGACGAUGUCGGCAAGCUCCAAUGCGCGCUUCACAUUCCUGUCCAAGAUGCACUAGAACUGCAGGCACUGCAUGCGAAGAUAUGCUUACUUUAGGACAUGCUCUCGAGAGGCGUGGAGCAUGACAUGCAGUCGCGGUAUAUGCUCUGUGACGUAUAUCUGCCAAACGGGCUUGGGCAUUGGGCACUUAACUUUAAAUUCCCCUAAUAAUUGCCAGGUCGGCGAAACUGGCGCGGCACAAUGGCGCAGUAUUGCCAACAACACUAAGGAGGCAUAAGAAAGACACUGGAGGCUCGAGAAUGGUCAAGGAACGCGCUAUUAUUAGAUGGCGGGGGAAUCAACGAAGUCGGUUCCGUUUUAGUUACUGCGCUCGGGAGGUCGGGUGUUACACGUCGAGAAGUACUGUGAAGGAAAACCAAAAAGGAAGUCAAAGAAAUGCAAGAAGGCUGCUAGUGACCAUAGAACGGGUCCACUGGUAAACGUCUAGACACUGGGGGUUAAUCGAGACUUGGCUGGCGCAUUUGUAAAUUGCACAAAGACGAAAUGUAAAUGAGGAAUGCACGCAGUCCAUACACACUAAUUUGAGGUCUUGGGUGGUCGUCCAAUAUUCCAAAAACAACCUGAUGCUUCUUGCUAAUAGUACAAA